AUGCUCUUGUCAGAAUGCACCCGAUCAUGUGUCCAUACACCUGCUAAGCAGCCUCUCUUUCAAACUAACGAACGAAAAAUAAAAAGGAAGUCUCUUAGCUUUCCGGAUCUUACUGCUAUGGUGAGUUUUAUUUUUUUUCUUCUUGAUAGCACUUUUAAUAAUUUUCAAUUCGAUUUUUUUUUACCUUUCUGUAUUUCUUUCUUUCUUUCUGCAUUUUUUUCUUUCUUUCUUUCAUUCUUUCUUUCUUUCUGCAUUUCUGCAUUUCUUUUUUUCUGUAUAUCUUUCUUUCUUUCUGCAUUUCUUUCUUUCUUUCUGCAUUUCUUUCUUUCUUUCUGCAUUUCUUUCUGCAUUUCUUUCUUUCUGCAUUUCUUUCUGCAUUUCUUUCUUUCUUUCUUUCUUUCUUUCUUUCUGUAUUUCUUUCUUUCUGUAUUUCUUUUUGUCUUUCUUUGUUUCUAUUUUUCCUUAUUUAUUUAUUUAUUUCUCUAUUUUUCUUUCUUUCUGUAUUUCUUUCUGCAUUUCUUUCUUUCUUUCUUUCUUUCUUUCUGCAUUUCUUUCUGCAUUUCUUUCUUUCUGUAUUUCUUUUUGUCUUUCUUUGUUUGUUUCUAUUUUUCCUUAUUUAUUUAUUUAUUUCUCUAUUUUUCUUUCUUUCUUUCUUUCUUUCUUUCUGCAUUUCUUUCUGCAUUUCUUUCUGUAUUUCUUUCUGCAUUUCUUUCUUUCUUUCUUUCUUUCUGCAUUUCUUUCUUUCUUUCUUUCUGCAUUUCUUUCUGCAUUUCUUUCUUUCUUUCUUUUUGUCUUUCUUUGUUUGUUUCUAUUUUUCCUUAUUUAUUUAUUUAUUUCUCUAUUUUUCUUUCUUUCUGCAUUUCUUUCUUUCUUUCUUUCUUUCUUUCUUUCUGCAUUUCUUUCUGUAUUUCUUUCUUUCUUUCUGCAUUUCUUUCUGUAUUUCUUUCUGCAUUUCUUUCUGCAUUUCUUUCUUUCUGCAUUUCUUUCUGUAUUUCUUUUUGUCUUUCUUUGUUUCUAUUUUUCCUUAUUUAUUUAUUUAUUUCUCUAUUUUUCUUUCUUUCUGCAUUUCUUUCUUUCUUUCUUUCUUUCUUUCUUUCUGCAUUUCUUUCUUUCUUUCUUUCUUUCUUUCUUUCUUUCUGCAUUUCUUUCUUUCUGCAUUUCUUUCUGCAUUUCUUUCUUUCUGUAUUUCUUUUUGUCUUUCUUUGUUUCUAUUUUUCCUUAUUUAUUUAUUUCUCUAUUUUUCUUUCUUUCUGCAUUUCUUUCUGCAUUUCUUUCUGCAUUUCUUUCUGCAUUUCUUUCUUUCUGCAUUUCUUUCUGCAUUUCUUUCUUUCUUUCUGCAUUUCUUUCUGUAUUUCUUUCUGCAUUUCUUUCUUUCUUUCUUUCUGCAUUUCUUUCUGUAUUUCUUUCUGCAUUUCUUUCUUUCUUUCUUUCUUUCUGCAUUUCUUUCUGUAUUUCUUUCUGCAUUUCUUUCUUUCUUUCUUUCUGCAUUUCUUUCUGUAUUUCUUUCUGCAUUUCUUUCUUUCUUUCUUUCUUUCUGCAUUUCUUUCUUUUUUUCUGUAUUUCUUUUUGUCUUUCUUUGUUUGUUUCUAUUUUUCCUUAUUUAUUUAUUUAUUUCUCUAUUUUUCUGUCUUUCUGCAUUUCUUUCUUUCUUUCAUUUCUUUCUUUCUCAUGAAUAUAUAUGCUUUCUUUUCCUCACGAAUUCUCUCCACUCUGAUCUUUUAA